AUGAAAUCUACAGCAAUACGCGCAAACUUGGCGGCCGGCCAAUCGGUGAAAGUUCGCGAUUUGGCCCACCGAUUUGUUUACGCGCCGGCCUCCCGGCGAAAGUCUGAGCGGAAAACGCGAGCGGGAACCGAAAUGGAAAGCGAGGGCGGAUUUGUGAAUAAACAAACAGACAUUAUAGCGCCGCUAAGGCGGGAUGGUGCCUCCAAAAGUUCGCUUACUCCGAGCACCUCGCCAAAUAAUACGUGUUUGACGUCGGCGGAGUCGCCCAAGUCGUGUUUGCAGUUAGAAAUUCCACUGAAGAUUUUACCAAUGUUUGAAGCAAUUAAUGAA